CUUGCGUCUCAUUCUGCCUGGGCAGAGCUACCGAGGUAUUAGGCCGCCGGGACGUCACGUGGACUGGGGCCGGAUAAUGGCGGGCGCUGCAGAAGAUGCGCGAUCGCUUUUUCGGGCUGGGGUCCGCGCGGCCCUGGAGGCCUGGCCGGCCUUGCAGAUCGCUGUGGAGAAUGGCUUCGGGGGUGUGCACAGCCAGGAGAAGGCCGAGUGGCUGGGGGGUGCAGUGGAGGAUUACUUCAUGCGCAAUGCCGACUUGGAGCUACAGGAGGUAGAAGACUUCCUUGGGGAGCUGAUGACCAAUGAGUUUGAUACAGUUGUGGAAGAUGGGAGUCUACCCCAGGUGAGCCAGCAACUGCAGACCAUGUUCCACGACUUCCAGAAGGGCGAUGGGGCUGCUCUGCGAGAGAUGACCUCCCGCAUCACUCAAAGAAAAUGCAAGGUCACAGCCACCGCACUUAAGGCAGCUAGAGAGACUGACGAGGAUGAAGAUGACGCGGACAGUGUGGAAGAGAUGGAGGUCACAGCUACGAGUGAUGGGGCUGCUACCGAUGGGGUCUGCCCCCAGCCUGAACCCUCCGAUCCAGAGGCUCAGACUAUUAAGGAAGAGGAUAUAGUGGAAGAUGGCUGGACCAUUGUCAGGAGAAAAAAAUGAGCGGGGUUGGCUGGAAAUGGCUUUGGGCCCUUGUUUGCUAGCCCUGAGUCGACGACUGCAGACCUAUGGACUGGUUACCCCAUUCCCACCCUCUCCACUAUUCCCCUGUCUAGCUCACUCCAAGGGAAGGAAAACCUAGGGUCCUCAGUCUUGGUGGUGGGGGGACCUGGUCCAGCACAUUCCCUUGGGCCUUUAGUUAGCAUCCAAGUGACGAGGCUGGGUUCCCCAGUACUGUGUCUUUCUAGAAGAAGGGGAUGAGUGAGUGUGGGUGUAGCUGGGGGAGGAGCUAGAUGCUGGUGGACAGUGGGCAGCAGGUGGAUUUGGGGAGGAGAGGACCAGCAGCAGCAGCACUCAGUGAUACAGGGCUGGCUGGGUCAGGAAUGGUGAGAUGAACAUGCAGGUGGAAGAGAGAAUAGUUGAAGAUGUGACUGAAAAUAGCUCUGGAGCCUCUCCCUUACCCCACCCCACGCACUCGCAACAGCUCUGUACCCCCAUCCAGAACUUGCAACCUCCCAGGAAUGCUCCCUUCCUGUAGCCCAGCCUCCAGCCCUGGGUUCCCUCAGGAAUUCAAAGACUUUGGCUAGGUGGUAAGCUUGGAAGAGCUGGGCUUUGUUUUCUGUCUUCUCUAACCUCUUUCCUCCUUAUCCCAUCCCAUUUGAGUUCAGGGGUGAGGGUUAAGAUCUUAAUAAAUAACACCUUACUGUUUAA